UCACGAACUUUAAAUACGUGCGGUAAUCCACACCCAUUUACAUUCAACCGCGCUUCUUCAACUGCAAGAUGUGGGUGCUCUUCAAACUGUGCCUCCUGGUCGGCAGUGCGAGUGCCGCGAGAAUUUUGGGAGUCGUUCUCACUCCCGCCUACAGCCACCAGGUGGUUUAUAAACCGCUAUGGAGAGAACUUUCACUGCGCGGUCACCAGGUGACGACGAUUACAUCCCAUCCUCUCAAGGAUCCGAGGUUAACCAACUUGACGGAGAUCGAUUUGAGCGUAUUUACUAAAUCUUCAAGUAAAGGGAUCAAGCAGAUGAUGGAGGAUAGCGGAAUGAAUUUUUUUCAAAAGACGCGACGCAUGUUCCCGAUCAUCGUCGACAUGGUGGACAAGCAAUUGGAACAUCCGGCGGUUCGCGAGCUGCUGAACGACAAAAAUGCCAAGUUCGAUCUGGUCAUCAUGGAGCACCUGUGGGAUAGCGUACUGGCUUUUGCAGUGAGAUUCAAUUGUCCUUACAUUGGGAUGCUCUCCGUCGAUGCUCCGAGCGGUAUGCUUAGAUACGUCGGCAAUCCCGUGCACUCCAGCUUAUACCCGGACACGUUUUUGCCGUAUGGAAACAAGUUAUCACUGUUUGAACGCGUUACCAGUUUCGUUACCGAUAUUGGUUUUACUCUCUACAAUGAACACGUAGUGGAAAAAAUGUGGCAGAAAGUAAUAGAGAAGCACUUUGGAAGCGACUACCCACCAAUUCAGGAGAUGGCCCAAAAUAUCAGCAUGCUAUUCGUCAAUGCGGACCCCAUUUUCCACCACAAUAGGCCUCUGGUUCCGGCUGUAGUACAAAUCGGCGGAGGUUCCCAUAGAAGUCCACCCAAACCUCUUCCCAAGGAUCUUCAACUGUUAUUAGACAGCGCCACGAACGGGUUUAUUUACUUUAGUUUGGGAUCAAACGUUCAAAGUGAAUACCUUCCUAACAAGACCAUACAAACCAUUCUGGACGUUUUUGCUGAGCUGCCGUAUACUGUACUGUGGAAAUAUGGAGAAGAAAUCCCAGACAAGCCCAUAAACGUGGUGAUCUCAAAGUGGCUUCCACAGGAAGAUGUGCUAAGGCACCCCAACAUUAAACUGUUCAUAACACAAGGAGGCCUACAAUCCAUGGACGAAGCGAUACACUCUCACGUACCAAUGGUCGGCAUCCCAUUCAUUGGCGAUCAACCGUACAACGUGAAAAAGAUGGAAAGUAUGGGCUUUGGAUUGGCAAUAGACCCCGCUGAGAUAAAAGGAGAUCGUUUCAAGCAGGCUAUUUUGGAGGUCAUCAACAAUCCACAGUACCGAAAUACUCUUGCCAAGUUAGCUGAACUGGCGAGAGAUCAACCAAUGAGCGGACUUGAAAAGGCAGUCUGGUGGACUGAGUACGUGAUUCGUCAUAAAGGAGCGAAACAUCUGAGAAGUCCACUACUGGACAUACCAUGGUAUCAGUAUCUGCUCCUGGACGUUAUCGGGACUUUGCUGUUCAUCGCCUCGGUUACACUACUGAUAGCAGUUUUGAUUCUUAGGUCACUAAUCAGAUUUGUCAGUCGGAAAGUGACGGCACUAUCUGCGUUGCGAACGAAGAAAAGCCAAUAAGCUGGCACGAAUUGCUAAUAUUAUUUAGGUAGAUUUAAGCGUUAAGAUACAAAUAAACACACAAUUCGAUCUCA